GCGGGCCGGGCGGCGCCGCCAUUUUGUGAGUCUAUAACACGGAGCGGUUGGGUUCGUUCCUGCUAUUCCGGCGCCUCCACUCCGUUCCCGACGGGUCUCCUCCGUGUGCAAUGGACGGCACAACUUUUGCAUCCGUUCCCGAGGAGCUGUUACGCUUUCGGGCGCGCCGGGAGGCUCGGUAGGAGUAAGGUUUCCAGUGCCGUGUUACCUGAGAGCCGAAGCAUUGUCCAAGAUAUAACAGUUGGUACAAAGCGGGGAUCUGACGAGCUUUUCUCUACUUGUGUUACUAACGGACCCUUUAUCAUGAGCAGCAACUCUUCUUCUGCAGCUAAUGGAAACGACAGCAAAAAAUUCAAAGGCGAUAGUAGAAGUGCUGGGGUCCCAUCCCGAGUAAUCCACGUCCGUAAACUCCCCAGCGACGUCACAGAGGCAGAGGUCAUUUCUUUGGGCUUACCUUUUGGCAAGGUCACCAAUCUUCUAAUGUUGAAAGGAAAAAAUCAGGCUUUUAUAGAAAUGAAUACGGAGGAGGCAGCCAACACCAUGGUAAACUACUACACCACAGUCACUCCAGUCCUUCGAAGCCAGCCCAUCUACAUUCAGUUCUCCAACCACAAGGAGCUUAAGACAGACAACUCUCCAAACCAAGCACGUGCCCAAGCAGCUCUGCAAGCAGUGAAUUCUGUCCAGUCUGGAAACCUAGCGCUGUCAGCCUCUGCUGCAGCAGUGGAUGCAGGAAUGGCGAUGGCUGGCCAGAGCCCUGUCCUGAGAAUCAUUGUUGAGAAUCUCUUCUAUCCUGUCACCCUAGAUGUUCUGCAUCAGAUUUUUUCCAAAUUUGGUACAGUCCUGAAAAUAAUUACGUUCACGAAGAACAACCAAUUUCAGGCCCUGUUACAAUAUGCUGACCCAGUGAGUGCUCAGCAUGCCAAACUGUCUUUAGAUGGACAGAAUAUCUACAAUGCCUGUUGCACGCUGCGCAUAGACUUCUCAAAACUCACAAGUCUCAAUGUAAAAUACAAUAAUGAUAAGAGCAGAGAUUAUACACGACCAGACCUACCUUCUGGGGAUAACCAGCCCUCUCUGGAUCAGACCAUGGCAGCUGCUUUUGGUGCCCCAGGAAUAAUCUCUGCUUCUCCAUAUGCAGGAGCUGGCUUUCCUCCUACCUUUGCAAUUCCUCAGGCUGCAGGCCUGUCAGUUCCCAAUGUUCAUGGAGCACUAGCUCCUUUGGCUAUCCCAUCAGCAGCAGCUGCAGCGGCUGCAGCAGGACGGAUUGCCAUUCCCGGCCUCACUGGGGCAGGGAACUCUGUUCUGCUGGUUAGCAAUCUGAAUCCUGAGAGAGUUACACCCCAAUGCCUCUUUAUUCUUUUCGGAGUCUAUGGUGAUGUGCAGAGGGUGAAGAUUUUAUUUAAUAAGAAAGAGAAUGCCCUAGUUCAGAUGGCUGAUGGAAACCAGGCCCAGCUUGCCAUGAGCCAUUUAAAUGGCCAGAAGCUUCACGGGAAGCCAAUCCGUAUAACGUUGUCCAAGCACCAGACAGUACAGCUUCCCCGCGAGGGGCAGGAAGACCAAGGGCUGACUAAGGACUAUGGAAAUUCUCCUCUACAUCGCUUCAAGAAACCAGGCUCCAAAAAUUUCCAAAACAUCUUUCCCCCUUCUGCCACUCUUCACUUGUCCAAUAUUCCGCCUUCAAUAACUGAAGAUGACCUUAAGAUGUUAUUUUCAAGCAACGGGGGGAUGGUCAAAGGAUUCAAAUUCUUCCAGAAGGACCGUAAAAUGGCUCUGAUCCAGAUGGGCUCUGUGGAAGAAGCCAUUCAAUCACUCAUUGACCUCCAUAAUCAUGACCUGGGUGAGAAUCAUCACCUGCGUGUGUCCUUCUCGAAGUCCACAAUUUAAAGCUUUGGAAGGCAUGAGACAAAAUGGACUUGACUUAAAAACCUCUUGGGUUCAGCCUUGACCUUAAAAGGCUGAACUCUAGGGUUUCAACUUCCAUCAUUCCAGAAAAAAAGCCACUUUAAAAAUGCAGCUGAAGUGACCUUAAAAGACCAGAGAUUUUAUUUUUUUAAAGAGAAAUCAGUUUACCGGUUUUUAAAAAAAAAAAAAAAAAAAUUAAAAUCUAAUUCAUAUUGCUAACCUUGCGGUGAUGGGUAACAAUCUUGACUGUUCAAAUAAAAAUCACAAGUUAAAGUUUACACUUUGGAACCUGCUCUGGGAAAUUCCCCUCCCUUCCUGCUCCUUCCCCCCGCCCCUCCCCCCCCCCCCCCCCCCUCCAAAAACAGAUCCUAACAAAUUUAUCAGGUUUCACAUUGAUGCCUUUUUUAUUUUCUUUACCCAUCCAUGCCUUGAAAGACCUAAAACCACUGUGUAAAUUCACUUUAGCGCCUUUGAGUCAGGAUUUUGCAAAAUGCAUGGUGUACAGGAGCUCCCAACUCGCCCAGCACAAAAAUAAUUUGCGUUGAUCCUACUUUAACUGUGCAUCUGCUAUCCUGUGCCUUAAACCUUUUACUUCUUUGGGGGAAACAUCUGAACUGCAGGGAGUGGAUUGGGAGAGUUGAGGGGAAUGAGUGAGCUCUGGCUUACUGGAUCAGCUUGUUGUAGCGAAGGACAAGUGAAGCUGGCAAAGUGGAUAAAGAAAAUAUUGGGCUUUGACUCUUCAGGCAGUUGUAUCCCGCUGUCUGUGAAACGUCUCAAUCUCCAUAGUAUCAUGUGUCUUCAUGACUCUUUCCAAUGUGCUUGUGGUUUAUCGCCAUCUGCAAACUGUCAAGCAGGAGUUAUUUAAGAGCCUUUGUCCGCAGCAUUCAGACCAAGCAGAGGUCUGGGUGGGGAAGCGUUCCCGAGACCAAAUUGCAUUCCAUUGUCCAUAGCAAGUCACCAGGCUCUGCCCUUCACAAGAGCAUUGAUCAAGAUACAAAAUUAACCACUGUUGGACACUUGUGAAGACGAAUCAUUAAGAGUUUGUCGAAAUUGUGUGUGUAUAUAUAUAUAUCUAAAUACCUGGCUAGGAUUUGAAGAAUUAUUGGAUAUCCCACAUUUAGAAAGGUGUUCAUGUGAGUCACCUUCGUGCCCCUAAUUUGAGAUUAACAAGACCAAUGUAGCUCUGCCAUCAUUCUUAUAGCAUGUCUUCAGCAUUUGAGCUUUUUGAUUUAAUUCUUGUAUUAUACUUUUUGAUGCCGUUGCUGUCAUCUGUGCCUAGCAAUAUUUCCAGUUGACCAAAUAUUCUAAUCUCUUUAUAUGCAAAAGAAAUAGUUUAAGUACCUUUUUAUAGAAUGAUAAGAUGGUAUAAACGUAAUCUAAAUUUACUCCUUUGUGGUAUUACCCUUGUAUACUGUACUUUCUUUUUUUUUUUUUUUUUGUAAUUGAAACUGUAGGGCAGGAAUUUAGUUAUCAGGCUGAGGUCAUGACUGAGGAUGAGUAAUGUAAUCAAUAAAACAUGUUAAGCAAAGCAGAUUUUUAAAGCAAAGUCUUUGAGAUAACAAGCACAAAUAGCUUGUGAAUUUAAGUAAAAGGACCCAGGCUAAAGAUUUUCACCUUUUUAACCUAUAAGCCCAGAUAUUUUAAGUUAUAGGAAGGGAAUUUAUUAAAUAAAGUAGAAUGCAGCAGAUUGUUUUUUCCCAAUGAUACAACCAUUAAUUUUUUUUCUGGCUUACAACUCUUUCCUGGGCCAUUCUGCCUUCUAUUUUGUGUAAUCCGAUGUUGCCUUACAUUUCCCUCUAAGCUGCAACCUGUUCGGAUGCAAAAUAACAAGAAUCUUGUACUUUUUUUCAGGGUUUUUCUGCAAAUUGUGGACCAAAGUUUGUUUUUAAUCGUCUUAGUGUUGCAAGUUACGAUUUCCUUGCUUAGUGUGGGAGCUCUUGACUUGCGUAGCACUGAGUGUUGGAAAAGUCUUAACUUUUCUUAGUUCCUCCCUGAACUCUUGAGGAUGUGAAUUAUGCUGGAGAAGUGUGUGAAGUCUGAGUGAGGGUUCAGUUUAGGUUGCUGGCAUGAGAUUGGUAAUCCUUGUCUGCCUUAGUCUUCGCUUUGUGGCUGAGGAGCACGAAGCCAUGGUCAGUGGAAGAGCUGCCCAGGUUGGGCUGAGGCAGCUCAGCUGACGAGUAGACGCUGGUUUCGGUUACCUCUAAUUCUGGGUAAGCCUCUUAACGAAGCCUUGUGAUCUGCCUCCGGGGAAGCUCCACGUUUCCUUGCCAGCAUCUUGCGUUCAGGAGGGCGAAUUCAGGUGUCUUUGGUAGUUGUCAACUAGAGUUAGUUUGCUCAUCUCCCUCCCCAAGUGAAAAAUCCAUUCCUCCUGCAGCCGGGCGCAGGCGGUGCCCCCGAGCCAGCCCCACGCGGGGGGGUCCAUGCGCAGCCCAAGCAGCACAGCCGUGGUUUAGCUUUUAAACACGUUCGAUCCACCUCACCCGGGAUGCUGGGAAGAGGCUUAUUGGAGUGCAAACCUGUCUGGUGGCCUUCGACCUUGAUUUGGGCAACCCACGGGCUAUCUAUAUUUUGCAAAAUGCGAGCAAAUUAAUUGAGGUAACCCCAGAACCCAGGCAGUUGUGGGUUUUUCCUUUGGAUCCCUGUGUUUGCAUGUAAAGAAUGUGAGUAACAAAAGGGUGUACAUAUUUAUAAUUUUUUUAUACCUGUUGUAAGACAUGAGGGGGCAGCAAAACCCAGUUUUUUAUGGUGAACAGAUGUAUUGUAUAUUUUGAUAACAGCUAUUACAGGUUCAGUAUUGUGGAAGGUGGGGUGGGGAGGGUAAGCAUACACAACAUCAGAAUUCCAUUGCCUCUUUCGAAGAAUGUUUGUAAUGCAAAAAGAAACGAAAUUAAAACUAUUUUAUAACAA